GAAACGGUAGGCGGUAUACCGGGUGGAAAACGGUAGCGGCGUCCGGCUGGUGGUUUGCCAUUUCCGUUAUUACCGAAACCGGUGAAACGGUAAAUGGUAAACCGGCUACCGUACCGUUUAGCAGCCCUAGUCAUACGGGUGACCCGCAAUGCACCCACCACCGCACCCACAUAAGUGCGAGUGGGAGAUUUAUCAAUCCGCAAUCCACCCACAUCAACCACCCACUGCGUGCGGGUUAGAUUAUUUGCGGGUAGAUUGAUAUCACUCCGUGGUUGAACCACUCACGUGCCCAUCCCUAGUUUUGGGUAGGGUAUGGAUAUUUACUUUCAUAAUUGGGCUAAUACCACUACAACACCCGAACUAUCCGAAAAAUGCCACUUGUGUCCUAUUGUUUCCAAUAUUCCAUCUGUGUCCUGAACUAUUAUACUUUAUGCCAUUUGUAUCCUGACAAUUUCGUUGACCGUUAAAGAUAAUGGUUGACCAAACGGUGGUCAACUUAACAUUGAAUUUUGCUGACGUGGCAAUGCCAAGUCAUUGGCACCUCGCAUUUUUAAUUUGGAUUAGGGUUAAUAGCAUUUUAUACCCUUGUUGAAUUUUUUUCAUAAAUUAAAAAGCAAAAAUAAUGUGGCCCAAAGCCCCCAAAAAUGAACCCAAUGCUAGUUUUUCUCUCCACCUCUAUCACUGCCCCCGCGGUGGUCUUUCAUCCUCCACCGGCGAACUCAGAGGAAGCGUAUGAUGUCGAUUCAUCUGGACCACCCACACUUCAGUCCCAAGACUUGGCCGCCGCUGCUAAAUCGCCGAGCGGAGGAGCUGCGACGGCAGAGGAGAUGUGCAGCGGCGAGGUAGAGGAGAUGUGCCUCCCGCUGCUUCUCUAAUUCAUCGACGUACCGCUGAAAUCAAAGGAAUUGGUGAAGCUCGGCGCUUCCCCCCGCCUCCGCUAGCGAGCCCGCCCAACACAAUUGACGAGGACGGCAAGGUAGAGGAGCUUGACGAACGGAGGGAUUAAGAAGAUUUGGGGGUUUUUCCUAAUUUUUAAUUUUGUUUCCCUUAUUUUAAUUAUUUUAGAUGGAAAAAUAAAUGAAAAUUGAUAAUGAAAAUUCCACGUCUGAUGUCAAGCCAACGCUGACUGGAUUUUCUGUUAAAUACUAACGGUCAACGCCUAUCAACACUAACAAAAUAAUUUAGGUACUAAAAUGUAAUAAACAAAAAAUUUAGAUACUAAAAUGUAAUGUUCCAU